CUACAGUUCCCAUCAGGUACUAAACACUGUCUGCGACACUGAAGCACACAGUCUUCAAUACUACUACUUUUUGGAGUAACAGUCAAGCGGACGACAGUUUGACCCUCUUACAUACAACCAUGAUGGCACGUCAGGAUGAUGGGGAGACUCCUCUUCUGCAACAGCCAGACUCGCCGGAGCAGUCGAUGGUCAACUUGAAGACACCUCUGCCCUGGAAUCAAUUCUGGAUCAUAUUGGUCUUGCAGUUUUCAGAUUUUCUUGUUUUUGAGACCCUUUCCCCGUUUAUACCUGAAGUGAGUGUUUUUUAUUCUGCAUGGAAAUGGAGAUUGCCACAACUGGAAUUUAUCAAGCUGAUCGGAGAUAUUGGCGUGACCAACGGAGACGAUUCCCAGGUUGGAUACUACGCCGGCAUCCUGCACUCAGCGUACUAUGUCUCUCAAACAUUGACUAUUCUCUAUUGGAGUCAACUGUCUGACUAUGUUGGGCGGAAGCCUUUGAUACUAAUUGCUUCGUUUGCGAUAGCUACCACGAUGUUGUCAUUUGGGCUGUCAAGAACCUUUCUCGGUCUACUGGUCAGCCGUAUUAUCUGCGGAGCAUUCAAUGGCGAAAAUGGUGUCGUCAAAAACUUGUUGAUGGACAUCACCGACGCAACGAGUUUGCCCAAGGCAUAUGGAUAUUUGCCAAUUUCAUGGAUGUCAGCGGCCAUAAUAGGGCCGCUUGUUGGUGGAUCGCUCUCCCGACCCGCAGACAGAUUCCCCGAAAUCUUUGGGCGAUCGGAACUGCUGAAGACCUAUCCAUACCUCUUGUCGUGUACUGUUCCAGCUGUAUGUGCCUCUGUUGCUUGGCUGGUUACAUAUUUCUAUCUUAAAGAGAGUGUUUCUACCAAGGCACCCCUUUGGGAGUCGAUCAAGGAAUGGGUCUUGCGACGAUCACAUGCGAAGCCUUCCACACCAUCGAGCUAUGCUCUGACCAGUUCUGGGGAAGAAUCAAACUAUGAGGAGGUCCCGCCACAGCCACUUUCGCUGCGCGCUGUGCUAACUCCAAAGGUCCUGACCGUCAUAGCAAGUAAUGGUACCUUGAGUCUGUUUCAUAUAGCAGUCAGCUCGAUCCUAUCUAUUUUCUUUGCGGCACCUAUUGAACUCGGCGGUCUUUCCCUGGACCCUCCCCGUAUUGGCGCUAUAUUUGCGAUAUCAGCUUUCGCCAGCGGCGCAUUCCAGAUACUUUUCUACGCCCGUCUGCAUGAUCGCUUUGGUGCAUACGUCAUUUUACUGACUGGCCUUUGCUCUGGCAUACCUGUUGUGAUUUUGUUCCCAGUGAUCAACGCUCUGGCUCGAGCCCAUGGAAUAGGUUUGGCGGUGUGGUUGGCCGUUGCCAUUCAACAGGUGCUGAUGGCUAUCUUUGAUAUGUGCUUCGCUUGCAUUGCAUUGUUUAUUAGAGCCUCUGCUCCCAAUCGCGCUUCGAUUGGAGCUACCAAUGGAGUCAUCCAGCUGGUUGCCGGAGGAGCCAGGAUCAUUGGCCCAGCAUCUGGGGCUGCAGUAUUUUCUUAUUCGAUGCAGGAAGGUCACGAUGCGUGGUUGGCAUACUAUUUCUUCGUGACCUUGGGAUUUCUCGCUGUUGGCACUUCUGUAUUCCUUCCUCGGGAUCCUCGUCUAUGGGAAGAACGCAAAUACUAUGACUAUCGGUGACAUCACUGACGUGUCUUUCAUUUGUCGUCUACUCUGUUU